AUGUCUACAACACCAGAGCUUACACGAAACGCUAUUGAUUUACCUAGGUUACCUAUACCUGAUCUGAAGCAAACUUGUCAGCGUUACUUGAGAUCUUUAGAGGGUCUUCAGAAUUCAUCUGAGCACGAUAACACUAUAAAAGCAGUUAAUUACUUUUUAGAGAAUGAGGGUCCUCAUCUCGAUCAGAAGCUCAGAGAUUAUGCCUCCAACAAAUUCAGUUACAUAGAGGAGUUCUGGGAUGAAUCGUACCUUAACUACUCAGAUUCGGUCGUCUUAGCUUUGAACCCUUUCUUCAUCUUAGAGGAUGAUCCUACCCCUUCUCGUGGCUCUCAAUUGAUGCGUGCCUCAAGUCUUAUCAUCUCUUCACUCGGUUUCGUACAUGAUUUACGCGCAAACAUUUUACAGCCAGAUAAUGUUAGAGGUAUUCCACUUGAUAUGAGUCAAUAUAAUAGGUUAUUUGGUACUUCACGUAUUCCCACUCAAAACGGUUGCGUUAUGAAAACCAAAACUGACUCAAAGCAUAUCAUCAUUGCACGUAAAAGUCAAUUUUACUGGUUUGACGUCAUAGAUGACGAAAAUAGACCACUCUUCACCGAACAAGAGUUACAUAACAACCUUAAAUCUAUAGUAGAAGACGCCGAUAAAAACGAUGAACUUGACUCAUCAGGAAGAUCAAUCGGUGUUUUGACAACCGAAAACAGAAAAAUCUGGUCCUCAAAUCGUGAAUUCUUAAGUAAGAACUCAGACAAUGCAAAGAAUUUAGACAUGAUUGAUCAAGCACUCUUUGUCGUUUGCUUGGAUGACAUGACUCCAGAGAAUCCUGCAGAAUUAUGUGACAAUAUGCUCUGCGGUACAAGUCGCGUUAAAGAUGGUAAACAAAUUGGAACAUGUACUAAUCGUUGGUAUGAUAAGUUGCAAAUUAUUAUAUGUGAAAAUGGUGCGGCUGGUAUCAAUUUUGAACAUUCCGGCGUUGAUGGUCAUACCGUGUUGCGUUUCGCUGCUGAUAUUUAUACUGAACUAGUACUUUUAUUUGCUAAAAGUAUCAACCCUGUUGCUCCUACAUUAUUCAAAAGCAAACUUUCACCAUACUCUAAGAGUGCAAAAGGUGGCCCCCAACCAGUACCAGAUGGGCAGGUUAUACCUGAUACUGCGCCAAAGAGACUUGAUUGGAUGUACACAAACGAGAUAAAACUAGGUAUAAGAUUUGCAGAGACUCGUUUAAGUGAUCUUAUAUGUCAGAAUGAAGCACAAGUUCUGGAGUUCAACAAAUUCGGUAAAUUGUUCAUAACUAAACAUGGAUUUAGUCCAGACGCCUUUGUUCAAAUGGCGUAUCAAGCAGCGUAUUAUAACCUUUAUGGUCGUACUGAAUGUACAUAUGAACCGGCAAUGACAAAAGCAUUUGCACAUGGACGCACAGAAGCAAUACGAACAGUCACACCUGAAGUUGUCAAAUUCGUUCAAACAUUCAAUUCUGAUGUGUCGGCUUCAGAAAAAAUUGCGACAUUAAGAGCUGCUUGUGAUUAUCAUUCAAAGUUAUCCAAAGAUUGUUCGAAAGGAUUAGGUCAUGAUAGGCACUUAUACGCAAUGCUUAGAAUAGCUGACAUUGAGAGUGAUGAAAUUGAAGGUAAAAAUGAAAAUAAUACAUCCAAUGGUGCAAGUAAGCCACCUAGAGUAAGACCAUCUAUAUAUUCCGAUCAAGGAUAUCUUUUGGGAACAACUGAUAUACUUUCAACUUCAAAUUGUGGUAAUCCAGCUUUAAGGUUGUUCGGAUUCGCAAGCACAUCACCACGUGGAUAUGGUAUUGGAUAUAUUAUCAGAGAUAAUUCAAUUUCCCUUUGCAUAAGUAGCAAGCAUAGGCAAACGAAGAGAUUUAUUGAGACUAUUCAAGCUUAUUUCGUUGAAGUUGAACAGAUGUUGGUCAAGUUACACAAGGAAGCUAACAAACGCAACAACUAUACAGAAGAUGACAAUGAUGCUUAUAGUGAGUUCGAAUUAUAUUUUUAUGAACAACCCUGA